AUGUCAGGUGACCAGCGAAUCCACCUCGGCGAGUCCUCAACCGCUGGGCUCCCCGCCUCGGGGGAACACCCCCCACACGGCGAAGCUCGCAACGAACGCCCCGCAGCGGUGUCGGAACGCUACUGGCAACUGUUCAAUGACCCAGGCUUGUCGCCUCCCGACGGCGCACCCGCCGGCCCGUCGUCGCGGACCCCCCCACACGCGACCCGGCCCUCGCCACAACGGGAGACCCCUGUCCAGACUCACGCACCACCCCCUGAGCCCCUCGUCUCACCUCAAAACCCCGCAGCCCGGCCGGGGAGCCGAGAAGCAGAAGACACGGCGAGCCGACCCGAGCCCGAGGCUCCGACCGCCGACUCGACUAAUGCCCUACGAGCUCAGCUACGCCUCGUCAGUCAAAGGCUUGACGAGGUACAACAGGAAGUCCGCAAGUCAAAGGGAGAGCUCGGGGUGGACGGACGCCACGGAUCUCCGUUCACCCCCGAGAUACAAGAUCAGGCGAUCCCAUCGCACUUCCGCCUUCCCACUCUGGAUGCAUAUGACGGCGCCACCGACCCGACAGACCACGUCGCCGCUUUUCGCGCCCAGAUGGCGCUAUUCGGGACUUCUGACGCCCUGAUGUGCAGGGCAUUUCCCACAACUCUGCGGGGACCGGCCCGCACGUCGUACAGCGGCCUGAAUCCAGGGACCGUCACCUCCUUCGACCAGCUCGCCAAGGAUUUUGAGCUUAACUUCCUGGCGUACGCCCGGCCUAAGCCGUCCAUGGCAUUGCUCUUGGGGCUCAACCAGAAGGAAGACGAGCCCCUCUCCCAUUUUGUGAACCGAUUCACGACCCAAAUCCGCGGAUUGUCGGAUACCCACCCCUCUUUCUUGAUGCAGGCAUUCAUGACAGGCCUGCGACCCUCCAGGUUCUUCUGGUCGCUCGUGGAGCGACCCCCCGUCGCGGUCCCCGAGAUGCUCCAGCGUGCCAGUCAGUUUAUCGCCGCGGAGACUUGGAUGGCUAGAAGACGGGAGGAACACAAAAAGAUCAAGUCAGAACCGCCCCGACAGCAACAACUCGCCACCUCCCGGCGAAAGUUGGACAGACCUGACCCAAGGCCUCCUCUUCCCGCCUUGAAUUCGUCCCGGACUGAAAUAUUCCUGCACGAGAAGGGGAAGGGGCUGCUCAAGGACCCUCGCCCGAUGAGGAACCCGCGGGAGCUCGCAGACCGAUCAAGAUAUUGCCGAUUUCAUCGGCAGCACGGGCACGACACUGAGCAAUGCUACGAGUUGAAGAGGCAAAUCGAAGAGCUCAUCCUCAGAGGACACCUCGGCCAGUACCUCCGGCCAAACAAAGAGCAGUCGCCUCGCCCAGAGGGCCCCGUCGAGCGGCACAUCGAUGUGAUAGCCGGGGGCCUCGCAUCAGGGGGAGGCUCCACGUCAGGCAGGAAGGCGUACGCCCGAGCUGCCCCCGACGAAGCCUCGGGGUACGAGCCGGAGCCCGAGAUUACCUUCCCAACCGAAGCAGCCAAGCGACCCGACCACGACGACGCCUUGGUGAUAUCCGCCAGGGUAGCCAACGCACAGAUGAGGAGGAUCAUGGUCGACACAGGGAGCUCGGCCAACAUACUCUACUUCGACGCCUUUCAGAAGCUGGGCUUGGCCACGGAGAACCUGAGCCCGAUGCGCUCGACGCUCACCGGUUUUACGGGAGAUUCGAUAUCCCCCCCGGGGGCCAUUACUUUGCCCUUGACUCUGGGGACCCCGCCAAAGUCGAAGACGGUGAUGACCACUUUCCUGGUGGUCGACCUCCCUACCGCCUACAACGCCAUACUCGGCCGGCCGACCCUCAACAAGGUCAGAGCAGUUGUCUCGACCUACUACCAGACCAUUAAAUUCCCGACUCACGAUGGGGUCGGGGAAGCCACGGGAAGCCCCCGAGAGUCCAGGCGGUGCUACCUUACCGCCGUAUCAUUGGGCAAGAAAGCCAGGGUCGAGUCACCCUUGACAGAUCCGCGGGAAACGAAAAAACUGACUCCUCAUCCCGAGCCGAGGGGGUCCACCGUUGACAUUCCUUUGAUGGAAGCCCGACCAGACCAGACUGUGAAGAUCGGAUCGGAGCUACCAGAGCAGGAACGAGAGCAGCUCGUCGGUCUCCUACGGGAAAAUGCCGACGUCUUCGCCUGGUCCCCAUCGGACAUGACGGGUGUCAACCCCGAGAUCGCGGAGCACCACCUCAACAUCCCACCUGACGCUCGCCCCGUGAAACAAAAGGCCCGGCGCCAGGCCCCUGACCGACAACGUGCAAUACAAGAAGAGGUGGACCGGCUCCUGGCCGCGGGCUUCAUAGAAGAAACCAAAUAUCCUCGGUGGCUGUCCAAUGUAGUCCUCGUAAAGAAACACAAUGGAAGCUGGAGGAUGUGUGUUGACUACACCAGUCUCAACGACGCGUGCCCUAAAGACUGCUACCCCCUCCCGAAGAUCGACCAACUGGUCGACGCAACGGCCGGUCACGCGCGACUCUCUUUUAUGGACGCUUACUCAGGGUACAACCAGAUCAGGAUGGCGCCCGGAGACAGAGAGCACACGGCCUUCCUUACCAAUCAAGGCGUGUACUUCUACAAAGUCAUGCCGUUCGGGCUGAAAAAUGCUGGGGCCACAUACCAGAGAACGGUAAACAAGAUGUUCGCCCAUCAAAUAGGAAGAAACAUGGAAGUCUACGUAGACGACAUGAUCGUAAAAAGCCAAGAGGCCAGAACACACCUUGCCGACCUGGCCGAGGCCUUCGCCACGCUACGCAAGUUCGGCAUGCGGCUCAACCCCACAAAGUGCGCCUUCCGCGUCACCUCCGGGAAGUUCCUCGGGUUCAUCGUGCACGAGAGAGGAAUCGACGCUAACCCAGAGAAGGUCCAAGCUAUAAUCAAUAUGCAGUCUCCCCGGACGGUUAAAGACCUGCAGCGACUUAACGGAAGACUCGUCGCUCUGUCUCGCUUCCUCGCCCAAUCGGGCGAUCGCUGCCUCCCAUUCUUCAAGGCACUCAAAAGCCCGAAGAGCUUCCAGUGGACAUCAGAAUGCGAAGAAGCUUUCAAACAAAUAAAACAGCACAUGGCCAGCCUCCCCCGGCUCGCCUCCAUCUCUCCAGGCGAGAAGCUGGGCCUCUACCUGGCGGCCUCCCAGCAUGCAGUCAACUCCGUCCUGGUCAAAGAAAGCUCCGGCCAACAACUCCCGAUCUACUACGUUAGCCACGUCCUGAGUGGACCUGAGGAGCGUUACCCGCCGAUAGAGAAACUCGCGCUCGCCCUAGUGCUCUCAGCUCGGAAGUUGCGCCCCUACUUCCAGGCACACCCGGUGGAGGUCAUCACCGACCAACCCCUUCGGCAGGUCUUAACAAAAUUUGAUGUUGCAGGACGGCUCCUCAAAUGGGCGGUGGAGCUCGGCGAACAUGACAUAAGCUACUCGCCCAGGACCGCCAUCAAGGCCUAGGUGGUAGCCGA